UAUGUACAUUUUGGCCAUUUACAGCAGAAAGGAGCCUAUUUUCCCAAAUGUUUGUGUUUACAUUUUUGUAGGAGUACCACUUUUCUGUAUUCAUGAAGUAAUAAUAUGUCCGCAACAGAACCGAAACCUGCUUCCAGUAGGCCACCUCGACGAAAAUCAGCAGAGAAUGCUAAAAAGUCAUGGGUUAAAGGGAAGACGGAAUCUAAGCUAAAAGAAAAACAGGUUAUGCAAAUAAUGAAGAAAAAAAGCUCACAGAGGUCAAAAUCUGAAGUGAAGUUCCUCAAAGAAAAUGAUGUUAUUGUAAAAGAAUUGGAAAAGAGAGUCCUUCGAAGGAAUUUAGCCAAGUUGAAAAAACAGGAGAGAGAAGAUUCUCCCGAAGAGGUUGUAGCAAAAACUGAAGAACUUGCCAGAGCUAUGCAAUCAUCGAAGUACUGUGUUGUCUACACUGGAGCCGGUAUAAGCACAGCAGCUUCUAUACCAGAUUAUAGGGGUCCAAAUGGAGUGUGGACCUUACUUCAAAAAGGUCAAAUUGUUAAGUCAAGGUCGUUGACUGAUGCUGACCCGACAUUUACCCACAUGAGCUUAGCAAAACUGUGUCGUGAGAAAAUUGUUCAGCAUGUUGUCUCCCAGAACUGUGAUGGCUUGCAUCGUAGGAGUGGUAUUCAAAGAGAUCAACUCUCUGAACUUCAUGGAAACAUGUACAUCGAGGUUUGUCCCGAAUGCGACCAGGAACAAGAAUACAUCCGCCUUUUUGAUGUGACGGAAAGAACAUCAUUUCGAAGACACAAAACAGGGAGGCAGUGUACAAAGUGUUUGUCCCCACUGCAUGAUACCAUCGUCCAUUUUGGAGAGAAGGGGACACUGGAAUGGCCUUUGAACUGGCAAGGGGCAAUAGAAGCAGCGGACAAAGCAGACAUGAUAGUUUGCAUGGGAUCUAGUUUAAAGGUUUUGAAAAAGUACCCAUGUCUUUGGACUACAAAUCGUGGUGUGCAGAACAAAACAAAGAUUUAUAUUGUGAACCUUCAGUGGACUCCAAAAGAUUACAAAGCUGAACUAAAAAUCAAUGCAAAAUGUGAUGAUGUUAUGAAGAUUGUGAUGAAGAAGCUUAGUCUUGAGGUACAAGAAUAUAAAAGAGUAAAUGACCCCAUCUUCCAAGUUGCCACUGCCUUGCGACCCAAAGAAACAAAUACCUUCACUACUAAAGUACUCAAAAUAAAGAAGGAAGAAGCAUCAGAUUUGGAGACAGAAAACAAAGCUGGAGUAACAAAUGAUAAUCCAGGGUGGUUUGGGAAAGGGUGCAGGCGAAAAAGUGUGAUCAGAAAGAGAAGAAGAGUUGAAAGAACUGUAAAAUCAGAAAUUUAAAAUUUUAACUCUUUUUGUCCAAAUACAGUACAAAUAAUAUUUGUUAUAUAAUACUAAUAUUUAGAAACUGAUCUGCCAAAGCAUAAUAAUGAUCUAUAGAGGUUGAUCUGGUGGAGGGAAGCUAGGGAUCCCUCAAAAAAAGAGAAGAAAAGAUAAGAAAGGAGAAAGAAGGGUGCAAACAUUUCUCAAUUUUUAGCAAGGUUUUCACUCACUGCACCGUAGGACCGUUGUACGACUGUCAUACGACAAAUCCAACUCCACUCUGAGAGCGCUAGACGACGUGACGCUGUCUGCAAAUUUUUGGUGUCAAUCACAACGUCUUGUCAUUAAAAACGAUCCGUUGCGCGCGCGUCGUCAUGUUACAUUCUUCGCAGAAUCACAUCAGGAGCAGUGAAUGCCCGGCUUUACUUGCGUGAAAGCGACAAGUCUUGGGAGAGAAAUACUGGGACAGAUAUCCCUGUAUUUUUUCGGUCAUGUGAAUCGGGUAAUAGACUACCAAAAUAACUUCUGGUUUGUAAAAUUGAAGGGAGUUGGUGUGGGGAACCUCCAACAGGCCAGAAAUGUUGAUUUAAACAUCAGGUCUUUUGUGUCUGUACUCAUGAUUAACUAUGCACUCUAAAAACAAAGAUUUUAUCUCUUCAUCAUUUAAUCAGUUGCAUCAGAAACGUCUUGGGUAAUAGAAAUAAUAUAAAGUAGAUUAAAAGAAUAAAAUAGAUAGAAGUAGCUACUAGGCAAUGGAUUAUUUAUUUAGAAUCACAGUGUAAUAUUAUCAAAUACAAUAGUGUACAAUAGAGUGAAUGAAUAUGAAUAAUAGCAUACAGAUUUUGCCUCAGGUAAUUAGCAUGAUUUUUUUUUUAUCUUAAAUCUUUCAAUCUGUGGUAGCUUGGUGCAAUACACUAUACCUAUUGAAUUAUUGAAAAAUAAAACUUUUGAAAAAAAUUAAUAUUCUUAAAAUGUCUUAAAUUUUGAAUUAACGAUAAAUGUAGCUUUCUAAAUGUUUUGUAACUUUAUUAGAGACAGUUGGAUGAUUUAUGUAUCAAAUUUUAUAAAGAUUGUAAUACAGUACAGUAGUUUAACAAUCUAGAAGAUAAAGAUAAUUAAUAGAAAACAAUUAAAGAAAAAAAAAGGAAUAAAUAAUUUGAAUUUUAUAUUUCAAGUUAAAAUAUAUAGAAAGAUUGGAUGUGUUAGGAUACUUCUUCCCAAAUUUAUGUGCACGCCCAUUUCAACAUAAUUUUUAAAUUUUCAACAUUUCAACAUCAUUUUAUCAUUCCCAUCAGUUGUUAUGUCACGAAAGGGGAGGCUCAACAAUGCAGUAGAAUGUUUCAUGAUUCUUUGAUUAAGUAUGGAGAUAAGAAGACCAUAACGAUUGGCUUGGUGUUUCGUAAAAAGACAUUGUGUCAAUGUUACUGAUGAGUAAAGAAUAUUUCAGGGUUUUUUUGUGUCUAUACUGCCCCUGCUGGGGGCUGUAGACACUUAGUUAUCGUCCCGCGUGUAAGUUAAGAGUAAAUCUAUUUUGAGAGUUCAAAGUUCAAAGAGAGGAAUUAUGGGAUAUCAUUGCAUCAUAUUUAAAGAUAUAAAUUUACCACUAUAUUUUUCUCAAGGAAAUAAACUUAAACAAUUUAAUAAAUUACAGUGUUUGAAUUUCUAACUUCGUAUGUUUAAAUUAUAAGCUUUUAAUUAAAAAUAUUUUGCAAUAAUAAAUGCAUGAUAUCUAUGUACUAUUUCUUGCAAAGAUUUAUAAAUUUGUUUGUGGGUAGGUAGGAUGUUUGUAGUAUUCUAAUGAUGUGUAUUAGAAGUUAACUUACUUGAUGCUUUUAAAUACGAAUAGUAUAGAGUUUUGAAAUAUUAACAAUUCUGAUAUAGACAUUAAGUAGGUAAGUAUAAUAAACACAAAAUUAAUUGAUAUUGUUUUAAAAGUAAAAUAAAAGUUGGAAAAAUUGUCAGUAGAGUUGAAGUUAUGUAUUAUAACAAAUUAUACCCAGACAGUACAGUAUAUCUUAAACUGAUUUAUACGAUUAAUUAUAAGCAGACAGUAUUAUUCUUAUUUAAGUUCUAUUUAUAUUCAAAUUUAUUAUUACAGAAUAGUUUUUAAGGGUAUAAGAUCAAGGUGUUUCUGGAUUUUGUUUUCGAAAAUAUUAAAUUAAACGAAAAUGAA